CUUCUAAGUUUGUCCGCGUCGGCCUGCCGUAGUUCAACAAUGGCUACUUCUACAAUGUGUACAGCAGCUUCGUCCUUGUACCGUAUAAAUUGUCAUUUUUUGGGAAUGCAUACAUUAAAUCCCAUCUACAGAGGUUCUGUUAAUUCCACGGCACGCUUCCUCAGUACGAAUACAGGCGUUACAACAAGGGGCAGCCGAGGGCACCUGGGACAAAGAUCAAGAAGAGAGCCUGGAGAGCCCAGGACUGAAAAGAUGGCGGUGGACCAAGACUGGACCAGUGUGUACCCUACGGCAGCACCUUUCAAGCACGGCACAGUGCCUUUGCCCGUGCGUAUGGGCUACCCUGUCAAUAGGGGAGUUCCCCCAGAGAAGAAGGGAAAUCUGGAGCUCAUUAAAAUUCCAAACUUCCUGCAUUUGACGCCAGCAGCUAUAAAAAAACACUGCGCAGCUUUAAAACCGUUCUGUACAGAGUGGCCUGAAGCUUUGGACAGCAGCGCUAAGUGUGAGGAACACUUUCCUAUCCAAGUGAAGACCACAGACUAUGUGUCGGCAGGACUCUCUCUUAGGAACCCAAAAGCCAGAGUGGUAACUCUGACUGUCAGGUUGUCCAGCCUGAACAUCGAUGACCAUGCACGGAAGAAGCUCAUUAAACUUGUGGGAGACCGAUACAACAAGAAGACAGACAUGCUUACCAUCACCGCAGACAGGUGUCCACUGAGACAGCAGAAUAAUGACUAUGCAAUGUAUCUCCUGACUGUUUUAUAUCAUGAAUCCUGGAAAACAGAGGGGUGGGAGAGUGAGAAGACUGAGGCAGACAUGGAGGAGUACUGUUGGGACAACAGCACCUCCCAGAGGAAUGUGCUGGACACUCUCUUACGGAUGAAGGGGCAAGAGGAGGCCUCGACAGCAGCCCAGGAGGAGCUUCUGAAGUCCAAGGUUGUACAGGACUACGGAGAGUCCAUGACCAAGCUAAAGAAUGAGGGGGAGAGCGAGAGCACCAUCCGGCAAUACAGAGAGUCUGUGAAGAAGCUGCUCUGCCUGUAGCCAUCUGAACACAGGGACUGGCUGGAGCCCCCCAUUAGUCAGCUAGCAGUGCAUUAUAGGGAAAAUUUCUGAAGAGUACAGUGAUGCAUCUGGAAGCCAACCUGAGGCACCGUGUCUUGGCUCCUGCAGCCAAUCUUUCUCAUGGAUUUGAACCUUCAAAUGUAACGUCCUGUAUGUUGUUUUCAGUGUUACAAUAAUGAUAGUAAAAUGAGGUUUUGGGAAAAAAAAAGUUAUUCUAUUGUAUAUAAAAAUAUACUGGGGGGGAGUUCUUCAGUGACACUCAUUGCUUUCUGUUGCUCAGGUUGGACCACGAGUUGGAUGCUAUAUAGGAAGAACUGAAAUUCACUCUGCAGUGCAGGGCUUCUUCAUUUUACAACUGUUACUCUUCUAUACCAACCUCACUUUCUUUUUGCAUUGAAUUUUAAGUGAAGCUUUUCAUUUCCCCCUCUCCUAUCUUAAUUGCCCUUUAGACCUAAAAUAGCACACAGCUUCUCAAACAUUUGAAAGUUGGGUUUCUAGCCCUAGAAAACAUAUUUGUGCAACAGUCUCGGUACUGAACCUCCCUUACCGCUGCCCAGUAAGAAGAAACGGGGAGGAGAGGGGAAAAAAAAAGAAAGGAUGCAUUCAGCAGUGGUGGAAUACACACCAGACCCCAUGAGAUUCCCUGCCACUCCCCACAAACUCUUUAGGCAGCACAGAGGGAAAUUUAAUCUUGGUCCUCUGAACUAAUUGUACUCUUGAUGUCCCAAGGCCCAGGGAAGUCAUAAGAGAGAAAAGCCAAACCUGAACAACAAAUACUGCUACUUUAAUCUCCGUGUUAAGCAGAUUACCAAGGUCAUGGAAGAGAAGAAAGUUUGUGAUCUUGAUUGGAAGAUGCAAACAAUCUACUGUACAGAAGCCCUCAGCCAUUACGUCACUGCUGCCAAAACCAUUGAAGCCUGCUAGUAGUGGUGUUUCUGGAACUUUCCAGGUGUUUUUUAUUUUUGUGGGUUUAAAAAAAAAACAUUUCUGUAAUACUGGAUUAAUCAUAGUGGAGACAGACUAAAGCUUUUAUAGUGUUCAACUGGGGAAGUUUAUAGAAUUUACCCACAAAGAAUUGUAACAUGGAUUCUUAUUCCUGGAUUUCCAGGGCUAUGUUUCUGCUAUAUUUAAAGGCAUGACAGCAUUAGUUUACCCCACCCCACCCCCACCCCCCACAGGCAGUUCCAUUCUUUCAACAGGCAAACAGCAUUUCAGGAUUAGAGCUGGGUAAAACUU